AACCCCGAGAUGCUAACCAGGAAAAUCAAGCUGUGGGACAUCAACGCCCACAUCACUUGUCGCCUGUGCGAGGGGUACCUGAUAGACGCCACUACUGUCACGGAGUGCUUACACACCUGUGAGUACCUGCUGAUGACACAAGCAUGCACUCAUACACAGAAACACAUUCUUCACAUAGUAACACUGAUCUUGUAUCUUUAUGAAGGCUCCAUGCAUAUGGUUUCAUACAACAAUAGAUAUUUUUGUUGUCUCAUUAAAGUUAAAUUAUCACAACAAUCAAUCAACCCUCCCCCACAAAGUAGGCCUAGUCGUAGAAGAGAUGGAGAAGUCUUUGAGUGAAUGUCAGCGGCAGUGCAAGUAAUGUAAUAGGUCAGUCAUGCCCUAGAGGGCGCCAUUGUACCAUACAUGGAAAGUCCUAGUUGACCAAAUGUCAAUGUAGAGUGGAGAGCUUCAAUCGCAAUCCUCAGGUGGAAAUGACUUUCUCUCACCCCCCCUCAGAGAUUAAACAGAGAGACUCACAUCAUGUCCGCAUAGCUAUCCGACACAUCAUAGCAAGGCUGGUCUCUCAAAAAAGCAACACUUUUUUAGAACAUAAAAAGAUAGUAGAACAAGAUACCCAUAAUGCUCAUCAUGUGAUUGACAUGUCUCUCUCUCUCUGUGUGUCUUCCAGUCUGCAGAAGCUGUCUAGUGAAGUACCUGGAGGAGAACAACACCUGUCCCACAUGCAGGAUUGUCAUUCACCAGAGCCAUCCACUGCAGUACAUCGGGUGAGUAGGUAGCCUGGAUAUCAAACCACCUUCCCCUUACCAGCUCAGUUGUUUCAUCAGUGUGUAGAUUAGAGAGCCACCACUACGGGGCAGCAGCACUGUCCAAAAACAAUACUGUCAAAGGAGAGGGGAGCGGAGGGGGAAAACAAAACAACAUGAAUAUUCGAAUUAAAUAAAUACAUACAUGCAUAUUUGCUUAAAUACGCAUGUGCGCACGCACGCACGCACACACAGACAUUUGUUGUACUAUCCUUGUGUGGACCAAACAAUUGAUUCCCAUUCAAAAUCCUAUUUUCCCUAAACUUAACCAUAACCCUUAAACUACCCCUAACCUUAACCAUAACUCCUAAACCUAACCCUAAUUCUAACCCUAAUUGUAACCUUAACCCUAAACCUAACCCAAGCCUACAAUAGCCUUUUUACUAUCCUUGUGAGGACUUCUGGAUAGUCAAACCAAAAACACACAUUCACACAAAGUAAAGGGACUCUGUUGUCCAUCUGUGCAGUAGUGUCUGAUUAAUAGUGCAGCCAAUGAAGUGUCUACCAGCUAUUUAGUCAUAAGCAUUUUGCAGCCCAGAAAAAUGUCCCUAUUUUUAUGGAAAGGCCGAUUUCAAACACAUUUCAAAUGCACUGCUCUCUUCAUUUCCCUCAGAGUAGUUGUUUGUUCAAAUGAAAAUAAAAGCUCAUAAAUGUGCCAAACUAAAACAUUUAAACAGAUUAAUGAUAUAUAAAAAAUUCUAAACAAAAAUCUAUGAACAGGUUCAAACUAGGUGUGAGAGGCAGAGAUAAAGAAAACUAGUACUUCUACUACUACUGCCUGUUGCCGAGAGGAUGAACACACAAGCAAUCUAACCACAUUUCUAGUCAUACAUCAUUUUGCGGUUAAGAUAAGCUUGUAUACACUUAUCAUGAAUGUUUCAAGUUUCAAAACUAAUAAAACUUGAAAGAUUCAUGAUAAGUCUUAUUCUCAGAAAAACUAGGAGGAGCCAAAAUCAUCAACGAGCAUUAGGGAAUCUUUCAGAUUGUAUAUUUAAGCGAAAGCUAAUUGAGCCUCGAUCCACCCCCACACCCGCGUGCAUCAAGGGCCCUGUCAAAAAGGUGUCGGCGCUUGCUGUGUUUGGGCGAAGCAGAGUUUGGCCACCGCAGUGGUAAGCGGUCGGCUCUGACCUGCCUCAGGGGGGAGUAAAUCAGCAAAUUAUGGUCUUCAGUGCAGGAUAGAGAGUAUGAUUUUCACUCCAGACGGAAGAAACACCACGUCUUUCCAGGGUUCUGGUGCAACACACCUCACUGGGUUCCACUAAUCACACUGCAGGCCCAGGUGUUGCAAUACAAAGCGGUGGUCACAACUGGGUAGUGGACGAAUGUGCUGUGUUUUGAUGUCAUUCAUGCAGUUUUAUGGUAAACAUGGGAAUUCUGAAUGUCAAGAAGCAUGUGCUGCUGACAUUAAGGAAGCGUGUAUGUUUUGCAUAUAUAUCAUUAAAGGCUAUAUUUUCAAACAAGACACAGAAUAAGCAUGGUACAACAUGUCAUCAGCAAUUAGUGAUAAUAAAUGUAGCAUUGUCAGAUUUCUAAUUCUUUUAAAUCUCUCUUUCCUUUAGCCAUGACCGAACAAUGCAAGACAUUGUCUACAAGUUGGUGCCGGGACUACAAGAGGGUAAGUUUCUCACCCUGGUUUCUCUCCUUACUCGUCCCCUCACCAAAAAUAAUAACAUUUGAAUCUGCCCAUACACAUUUCCAAACCAAACACAGUUGGCCUUUAAUCUAUUUUUUCAGUGAGAUUGUGGCUGAAUAACUGAAUAACAAACAUCCCAAAGCACAUAGCCCUGAAAUAUCUAUGAAGGAUUCAACUUUUAUUGAUUUAUCUGACAGACUGUAAUGAGAGAAAUCCUAUUCCAUACAGUAUGCCAUCACAUUUAAAGAAGCCCUAGUGACAGUCACCUUCAGCCAAAGCAAGGCCCUAAUUCUCCCUUUCUCUUUCAUUCCCUUAUCCCCUCCUGCAGCGGAGAUAAAAAAACUGAGAGACUUCUAUCAGAAGCUGGGAAUGGAAGUGCCCGGGGACAUCAAAGGAGAGCUUUGCAGCAUGAAACAACAUCUAGAUCCUCAGCGCAAUGGUACGGUCCGCUCUUGCCAGCCAGAGCCUAUGCACACACACCAUCCCCCCUCUAUUUUCCCUACUUAGUAUCACCUCUUUCCUGGAUUCAGCCCAGCCGAAUCAGAGUGAGAAAGUGGCGGCGCUUGUAAAGCACGGCGGCGUUGCGACCCAGCCCGACAAUGAUGUGUAAACGCAUGCCCAGAGGAUCAUCACAGAGCAGGCCUAAUUGGUCGCUUAAUACCCUUUCUGAUUUAUUGUAAUUAACGCUCAAAUAGAAGUGGAACUGCUCUCGCACUUCCCCCUCCCCGCUGUUGGGCUGAGCCGUGGCUAACAUCCUUACGAGGUCGUUUAAACAGAAUCCUGGCAGAAAUGGUACCCUUGUCUUCACUCACUGCCCAGCAAAACAGAAAUAGUGUGGAGCUCGUUGGCUAACGACAGGCGACAGCUCCUGCUCCCAGAUUUCCUGAGAGCCAAACCCCAGAGUGGGGAAUGACAUGAGUGUGCUAAUGGACAGCUUCUAUAAUGGCACCUUCACUUCAAGACCGCAAAAAGUGGCUUUGACUCUCAUUUUAUUUCUGUCUAUUCCUCUCUCUCUCUCGUGUUCUCUCUCUCUCUUACUUGUUAUCUCUGUUUCCCCCCACCCCUCUCUCUCUCUCAUCCUCUAACAUUCUCUUUCAUUCUCUCUCAUAUACAUUGAGUGUAUAAAACAUUAGGAACACCCUCGUAAUAUUGAGUUGCACGCCCUUUUGCCCUCAGAACAGCCUGAAUUCGUUGGGGCAUGGACUCGACAAGGUGUCGAAAGUAUGCUUGGGCGGGACACCGUAUAUACAGUAUACCGAGAUGUUUGGAAAUAGCCACAGGAUGUUUUUUCAAUACCGUCAAUUCUGUUGAAACUAUUUCUUUGAACGUUUUUCAAUACAUUUUCAUAUUUGUAGCAAUGUUUUAAGUAAAUACCUGCAGUCAACUUGUGCAAUGCGUUAGGAUUUUAUAUUAUGAAGCUUACUUAGUUCCCCAGCACAGUUGAGCAAGUCACGUGUUUGUUUGUAAAUAGCACAACAGGAGAAAGCGGGACCAGGUGAUUCGAACUGUGUAUUGACGAUUCGCGUUUUAUUUUGAAAGUCAACUGUGUUUUUUGUGAUCAGGGACGUGCAACUAUAGUUUUCCUCCACAUUAAAUACAUUAGUGCAACACAUUCUAAAUAAAAUAGCAUCAUUUUUAUCAGAUGACAACAGAAGUGCAAUGCUAUUUGGCUGGCAGCCAGACAAGUAAAUUAGCUUAUAAUGAAAAAGCAAGGUCUUUUUUUAGCUUAAACGAAGCAUGGCCAUCAUAUUUCUCAUGUUAUAGGCCUAUAGAAAGAAUGUAGCCAACUACAUUUCUUAAUGUUUUGCUUAGAGUUAAUCUUGCAUUUUACCUGAGAAAAAUGGGCUUACCAUACCGAGAAAGGUACCGGGGAGGAAGUAGCUACACAUCAGUCAGAGCGAUGUCUGCUGAUAGAAUGCCUGUUCAUGAAUUCUCAUUUGCAUUCUCAUUUGCAACUGAAAUUAGUCUGAUGCCGAGCAGAAAUUACAAUAAGAAGCAUUUUAGAUCGGUGUUCACAAAACGCAGCAAGAUAUUUCUUAUGUGUUUUAUCUUUUUUUCCUUUGUGAAAAACGCAGAAUUAUGUGUUAACACAACCCCUAAAUUUAACUCGUUAUCUAAGUAAGUGGCUGAAUUAAUAAGGUGACGGGGCAUCAUAUUGUGUAAGCUUUCUGUCUUGUUUGAGAAGUCAAAGCCCUUUGGAUGAGUUAUUUGUACAGCUGCCACGGAUAUUGAUUUCCUUAUGUUUUUUUCUCCUCCGUUCUCGGCCUGUCUGCUCCUCCCCCCUCUUCACUGAGCAGAGCAGGCAGGCCCGUUGCCCUAGCGACUCCAGACUUCACAGUCCACACAGACACAGUGUGUAGACAUGCUGCUGGAGAGCCAGUACUGCAUGCGUCAAAACUUUGUUCAUUUGCACAAUGUCUCUAGUUCACAUUCGCUUGUAAAUGUCCAAACUCACCAAAAAUGACAUUUGGUAGCUCCUACCUAUAUAUGUAUAACUUUAUGAACUGGAUUGCCUAUCUUUGCAAUUUGUGUAUUUUCAUUUGCCCUCGUUAGCAUAUUUAGCUAGCAGCCUCCAUGCAAAUUUGCUAUUACUUGUGCUGAUUUUGUUAGCAUUCUGGUAAUAGAUGCCCAAUGGGCUUUUUUAGCGUUUUUUCGUGCCCACUUGUGUACUAAAUCGGUAAUACCGUAGAUCCCGUGGUGAGAGAAGGACUGCAUGACGAGAUGAAAAUCUGCAUACCGCCCAACCCUGUCGAAAGCGUUCCACAGGGAUGCUGGCCCAUGUUGACUCCAAUGCUUCCCACAGUUGUGUCAAGUUGGUUGGAUGUCCUUUGGGUGGUGGACCAUUCUUGAUACACACGAGAAACUCUUGAGCAUAAAAAACCCAGCAGCGUUGCAGUUCUUGACACACUCAAACCAGUGCACCUGGCACCUACUACCAUACCCCGUUCAAAGGCACUUCAAUAUUUUGUCUUGCCUAUUCACCCUCUGAAUGGCACACAUACACAAUCCAUGUCUCAAUUGUCUCAAAGCUUAAAAAUCCUUAUUUAACCUGUAUCCUCCCCAUCUACACUGAUUGAAGUGGAUUUAACAAGUGACAUCAAUAAGGGAUCAUAGCUUUCACCUGGUCAGUCUAUGUCAUGGAAAGAGCAGGUCUUCCUAAUGUUUUGUACACUCAGUGUGCAUUAAUGCCAAGGUCUCCAUAAAGACCCACUUAUGUGAAGAAUCACAUUAGUAUUUUACAUGCUGGCUCUUUACGACAAUGUCCUCUGUGAAGACAAAUGUGGUUUUUAGAUGGUAAACAAUACUCUAUGCUAUGUAGAAGCUAAUGCUAAUGAAAAAUAAGAUGUUCUGUGACAUAUAGUAUUCAGAUUAGCCCACUAGUUUCUUGUUUGUAAGACUUGAUAAAAUCAGUGUGCUAUUCCUAGAAUUGUUCUCAAAAUGGAAACAAAGUCCACCUUAUACUUAGUGUCAUUGAGUUAUUUUCAGGUUGGCUGAAGUUGAAUCGUAACCAAUUCGGCCUCACUUGAACAGUAAUCACUCUGCUUACUCUUGAGAUGAGCUGGGGCCAGUACAAAAGUGCUCUCAAGCCUCACUGCCAAUCCCCUCUGGGAUGUACUGCGGAGAGCAAAGGGAGAACAAUAGAAGAUGGGCGGGCCCCAGUCCCAUCGCCAAUCAGAGAGAGGGAGAAAAUGUUUGUCCACAAACAAGGGGCUACCUAAUCAACUGAGCUCAGAUAACAGCCCCUCGCUUCACCGGGCCGGAAUUGAAAACUCUGGGGAUUGUGAGAUUCUCAUGGCCCUCUCUCCCAAGGUCUUUUCCAUCACAGUGAACUAAACAUCCGGAGCCAACAGGUUUAUUUAACAGGAGCUAGCCUCCCUCUAACCGCUCCAAGCCUAUUUUCCUCAGCUUAACUAUCCUGGUGUGUGGAUAUGCCUUUUUUUCUCUCUUCCUCUUGCCAGUGACCGUCGGCCCUUACUCCUUAUAAUGACCUCUCUCCAUCUCAAUCUCCCUAUCUCUCCCCAAGGCCAAAUAAACCAGAGAAGAGGUCUGAUUUUAGCCCCCCUGUAAUCACAAUGGUAAAAGAUCAGUUUGCCUUUAUUAAAAGACCCCCUGGAUUGGAUGGAUGUGCUCAGAUAGAUACAGGCCAUUUGGUUAAUUAGAAAGAAGCAUGCCCUGUUUCUUGCCAUCAGAUGAGCAUUGCUUGUGUUUAGCUAAUAAAGAGAGCAGGCAUGAAAGUCGAUUUUGUCCAGUCCACUAGAUUAAAGGUUAAACACACUCCGAGUGAUCCACUCUUGUCAGUCACACAUAAUUGUAUGGUAAUUGUGUAUAGAGCCAUGGCUGUAUGAAGUAAUAUUUGUUAAUGUGUUAAAACAUUGAAACGAUGAAUACAGUAGAUGACAACUAAACUAAAGGCUUAUUAGGCUCUCUAUGACCACUAACUGUCACUUCUCUCAUUGGUUGACAACAGGUGAGGUGAAAACAGAGGACACGGCAAAUAAGGAAACAGCGGAGGAGAAACCGGAGGAGGAGAACGAUUAUCACCGCAGCGACGAGCAGGUAGGUGCCCGUCCACCGCACGCCGUCUUCAUUUCUUGCAGGACAGGAAGGAGUCAUCUCAUCUUUCAUUUCCUGUGUCCGGGUGCCAUGAAAUUACGAGCCCCACGCUUUGUCUGCUCAAGUGGAAUCUCAUAAACAUUCGCCUGGGUUAUAGGUUAACUCUUUUGUAAUGACCAGUUCACUACAUGGUAGGCCUAUGGUUGUUUUGAGUCAUAUAUCAACAAGUAGACAACCCAGCAUGCCGCACGCACAUACAGUUAAUUUAAAAUACGGAAGGGUUUUACAUGAAUUUUGUCUUGAUGUUCAUUUGUAUUCCAGUACAUUCUCAACCCUGUGGAUGAUAUCAAUAAUGCAGAGAGAGCUUUUAUUGUCUCUGCUUGUCGCCGUCGCAUUCACAAACAGUAAUUUCCAGAAAAGAGCCGCCGCACACUCGUCUCGACUAUAUAGCUUCAGAUGAUUGGCUGUUUACCAUGUAGCUAUUGUCUCCAUAAAGAAAAUAUCAACACGUUUUUGAAAACACGCAGUGUCGACACCCAGCCAAGGAGCACGUCCUCUAUACUUGGCUGGGAGAUUGCACCAGAGGUCAAAGGUCCCACUCUUUUGGUAUUCAGCAGAGGUGUGGAGUGUGGAAAGAAUAGCUAAUAGGGUUGCUAGGCUUUGUGGACAGAAUACAUGGAGGGGAGAACUGCUGUCAAGUGUCAUGUGAGACACGGGAGAAUGGGAGAGGGUGAAAAGGAGACAGUGGAGGGGAGGAUCGAGAUAGAAGGCCUAUAGGUCACUGCGGAUGAGAGAAUCUGCUAAAAUGACAUGGAUGCUAAGAAAUUGUGGAGGAGAGGAAAAAUACAGUGUGAGUGAAAAGGAAGGAAGGAAGGAGACUUUGUUUGGUCGAGUUUGUGUCCUUGAUAAGUAGUCCCUUUGAUUUUAUGCUCUAUAUUUUAAUGCGUUAUUAUGUAUAGGAUUUAUCCGACAUAGUUUGCAUUUGCCGUCAUUUAAUCCACUGGUUAUUUGAAUUUUGAUGUCAGCAUUUGAAGUCGGCCUUGUUGUGACUUGAUAGCCGGUAUUUAAUGACUUUAAUAUGUAUAUUUUGUUUCGUAAAGCUGCCAAAUGUUAAUGGCCAAUAUUCCUUUGAUGUGUUAGAUUUAUCAAGAUAGAAUUUCGUUGUGAUGAGAGACAUUUCUUUUGCCGUUUUGAAUUGCAUUUAUCAGACAUUUCUAUUGUUUAUAUGGACAUUACGUUAGAACACUUGGAAAUAUUAUUUAUGGAUUUUUGGUUAUUAUCAUAAUGUGUAGAAAUGCCUCCUCUUUCACGUAUCUUUGUGGAACAAUUCCAAUUCAAUAUAGGCUACAAGCGUUUCUCCAUUCAGCAUUUCAGAACAUGAUUGGAGAAUGGUGCUCAUUUAAUAAAGUUAGGUCAAUGCUGAAUGUCUGCAAGAUCACAUAAUGAUAGUGUUCUACGUAAUAUAACCAAAUAUAAUAGCUUACUUUAACGUUAUUGUAAAACAAAAAAACAACCAAUUUCUUAUGAGAUUGUAAGAUGAUUGUGCGAAUGGUCAGAUUUUUCUCUCAUACAGCCAAAACUCAACAGUGCGUGCCACAAGACAAAAUAGAUUGAAACUAAACACAGGUAGGCUACAGUUUGUUAACACCAUCUGCUCUACAAUUCUCUCACUGUAGGCCUACACAAUUCAAAACAACACUUUAGGCUACAUCAUUCAAGAUCUAAAUGCAUAUUCUCAUGAAACUGAUUGAGAUCAAAUGGUUGGCAUGCAGAUGCUGCAUGGACGUUUUACCGGUAAAACUUGAAGAAUAGGCCUGUCAUUUACGAUUGACAGUGAUAAAUGUGAAGGGAGGGUGAGCACAAAUGUAGAGGUAAAGAAACCGAGGGAAUAACAUGCCGGUAGAGAUAUGAUUCUGAAUGUAACGUUACUUGAAAAAGUAACUGCAAUAAUUGUACAAUAUUUGAACAUAAGUAACUUAUUAUAUUACUCCGUUACUCAUAAAAGUAAUAUAAUACUGUAACAUAUUACCCCCAACACUGCUUAUACAGUGAGGGAAAAAAGUAUUUGAUCCCCUGCUGAUUUUGUAUGUUUGCCCACUGACAAAGACAUGAUCAGUCUAUAAUUUUAAUGGUAGGUUUAUUUGAACAGUGAGAGACAGAAUAACAAAAAAAUAUCCAGAAAAACGCAUGUCAAAAAUGUUGUUAAUUGAUUUGCAUUUUAAUAAGGGAAAUAAGUAUUUGACCCCUCUGCAAAACAUGACUUAGUACUUGGUGGCAAAACCCUUGUUGGCAAUCACAGAGGUCAGACGUUUCUUGUAGUUGGCCACCAGGUUUGCACACAUCUCAGGAGGGAUUUUGUUCCACUCCUUUUGCAGAUCUUCUCCAAGUCAUUAAGGUUUCGAGGCUGACAUUUGGCAACUCGAACCUUCAGCUCCCUCCACAGAUUUUUGAUGGGAUUAAGGUCUGGAGACUGGCUAGGCCACUCCAGUACCUUAAUGUGCUUCUUCUUGAGCCACUCCUUUGUUGCCUUGGCUGUGUGUUUUGGGUCAUUGUCAUGCUGGAAUACCCAUCCACGACCCAUUUUCAAUGUCCUGGCUGAGGGAAGGAGGCUUUCACCCAAGAUUUGACGGUACAUGGCCCCAUCCAUCGUCCCUUUGAUGGGGUGAAGUUGUCCUGUCCCCUUAGCAGAAAAAUACCCCCAAAGCAUAAUGUUUCUACCUCCAUGUUUGACGGUGGGGAUGGUGUUCUUGGGGUCAUAGGCAGCAUUCCUCCUCCUCCAAACACGGCGAGUUGAGUUGAUGCCAAAGAGCUCGAUUUUGGUCUCAUCUGACCACAACACUUUCACCCAGUUCUCCUCUGAAUCAUUCAGAUGUUCAUUGGCAAACUUCAGACGGCCCUGUAUAUGUGCUUUCUUGAGCAGGGGGACCUUACGGGCGCUGCAGAAUUUCAGUCCUUCACGGCGUAGUGUGUUACCAAUUGUUUUCUUGGUGACUAUGGUCCCAGCUGCCUUGAGAUCAUUGACAAGAUCCUCCCGUGUAGUUCUGGGCUGAUUCCUCACCGUUCUCAUGAUCAUUGCAACUCCACGAGGUGAGAUCUUGCAUGGAGCCCCAGGCCGAAGGAGAUUGACAGUUUUUUGCGAAUAAUCGCACCAACUGUUGUCACCUUCUCACCAAGCUGCUUGGCGAUGGUCUUGUAGCCCAUUCCAGCCUUGUGUAGGUCUACAAUCUUGGAGAGCUCUUUGGUCUUAGCCAUGGUGGAGAGUUUGGAAUCUGAUUGAUUGAUUGCUUCUGUGGACAGGUGUCUUUUAUACAGGUAACAAGCUGAGAUUAGGAGCACUCCCUUUAAGAGUGUGCUCCUAAUCUCAGCUCGUUACCUGUAUAAAAGACACCUGGGAGCCAGAAAUCUUUCUGAUUGAGAGGGGGUCAAAUACUUAUUUCCCUCAUUAAAAUGCAAAUCAAUUUAUAACAUUUUUGACGUGUAUUUUUCUGGAUUUUGUUGUUGUUAUUCUGUCUCUCACUGUUCAAAUAAACCUACCAUUAAAAUUAUAGACUGAUAAUUUCUUUGUCAGUGGGCAAACGUACAAAAUCAGCAGGGGAUCAAAUACUUCUUUCCCUCACUGUAAGUGAGAAUUUUGAACAGCCGCUCAACCCUAGUUGGUAGUAGUAAUAACAGCAGGAGAAGGCCAUGCAUGGCUGGGUUUUGGACUUCUCCCGCCAUGUCAGCUGGGUGACCAUCUAAAGGUUGGCCUUGGGGUGGGAAGGGAAGCCAAGGCAGGCUAAUGAGAGCAGCACAACACUGAAACUGAAAGGAGGAAGAUCCAUGAAAGCAACAUUUAUCAAAUCAAUUGUGUUGUGACAAGGUACGGGUGGUAUACAGAAGAUAGCCCUAUUUGGUAAGAGACCAAGUCCAUAUUAUGGCAACAACAGCUCAAAUAAGCAAUGAGAAACGACAGUCCAUCAUUACUUUAAGACAUGAAGGACAGUCAAUCUGGAAAAUGUCAAGAACUUUGAAAGUUUCUUGAAGUGCAGUCGAAAAAACCAUCAAGCGCUAUGAUGAAACUGGCUCUCAUGAGGACCGCCACUGGAAAGGAAGAACCAGAGUUACCUCUGCUGCAGAGGAUAAGUUCAUUAGAGUUAACUGCACCUCAGAUUGCAGCCCAAAUAAAUGCUUCACAGAGUUCAAGUAACGGACACAUCUCAACAUCAACUGUUCAGAGAAGACUGCGUGGUCAAAUUGCUGCAAAGAAACCACUACUAAAGGACACCAAUAAUAAGAAGAAACUUGCUUGAGCCAAGAAAUACGAGCAAUGGACAUUAGACCAGUGGAAAUCUGUCCUUUGGUCUGAUGAGUCCAAAUUUGAGACUUUUGGUUCCAGCCGCCGUGUCUUUGUGAGACACAGAGUAGGUGAAUGUAUGAUCUCCGCAUGUGUGGUUCCCACCGUGAAGCAUGGAGGAGGAGGUGUGAUGGUGUGGGGGUGCUUUGCUGGAAACACUGUCUGUGAUUUAUUUAGAAUUCAAGGCACACUUAACCAGCAUGGCUACCACAGCAUUCUGCAGCGAUAUGCCAUCCCAUCUGGUUUGCGCUUAGUGGGACUGUCAUUUGUUUUUCAACAGGACAAUGACCCAAAACACACCUCCAGGCUGUGUAAGGUCUAUUUGACCAAGAAGGAGAGUGAUGGAGUGCUGCAUCAGAUGACCUGGCCUCCACAAUCCCCCGACUUCAACCCAAUUGAGAUGGUUUGGGAUGAGUUGGACCGCAGAGUGAAGGAAAAGCAGCCAACAAGGGCUCAGGAUAUGUGGGAACUCCUUCAAGACUGUUGGAAAAGCAUUCCAAGUGAAGCUGGUUGAGAGAAUGCCAAGAGUGUGCAAAGUUGUCAUCAAGGCAAAGGGUGGCUACUUUGAAGAAUUUAAAAUAUAUUUUGAUUUGUUUAACACUUUUUGGGUUACUACAUGAUUUUAUAUGUGUUAUUUCAUAGUUUUGAUGUCUUCACUGUAGAAAAUAGUACAAAUAAAGACAAAACCCUUGAAUGAGUAGGUGUGUCCAAACUUUUGACUGGUACUGUAUAUAUAACUCCACGACCUUGUAUGGUGAUUUUGGGACGCUAAAUAUGGACAUAACUAUUUAACUGGAAUAUAAAUGGAACAUUUUCAAUCAUCUCCCUAAGCCAUUGAAUCCAUGAAGUCAUGUAUUUUUAUUUCCUUAAGUAAUCGAUGCCUGCUGUUCGUUACAAAGCUCAAAAAGUUGAGUGAAAAGGGGUGGUGCUCCAAAGACCUUCAUUUACUCAAUGCGUUACACUGUGUUAAUUUGCUCCGAGUCAUACCAGCUCGGCAGUUCCCUAAUGAUUCCACUAAUGGAACGGCCCCGAAGACUGCUGCCAAAUUACCAUUAACUCUCAGUGCCUCACUCUCUCAAUGGGAAGCCUUUAUUUGCAUCACAAUGCUUGUUCCAUUGAAAACCAGCCAUUUACACUUUACAGCAGUCUUUACACUUUACUGCAGUCUUUACACUUUACAGCAGUCUUUGCUUUCAAUAGGUUAUAUUGCUGCUGAGUAUUUAUUCGCAGAUGACUUUCCACAUUUGAGCAGAACUCUGGAGAGCCUUAUUUUCUACUGGCUCUGGUGAUGUUUGAGGGAGAAAGAUGGUGGUGCUAAUACAGUGGAGGCUGGUGGGAGGAGCUUUAGGAGGACGGGCUCAUUGUAAUGGCUGGAAUGGAAUUAAUGGAAAGGUAUCAAACGUAUGGAAACCAUGUUUGACUCCAUUCCAUUUAUUCCGUUCUAGCCAUUACAAUGAACCUGUCCUCCUAUAGCUCUUCCCACCAGCCUACUAUCUGUUUCUAUUACUCCCUCCCUGGGUCCCCAGAAAUCAUCAGAAAAUGGCAUGAUAAGCCGCUUUACCAGGGCACUUUGUCUGUGUCUGUGUGCCAGUCAGAGGGAGAGUCCUGAUGCUGGUAAUGCAACGUGACUCCUUCAGGCACAGACUUGCCAAGCCACCUGCGGUACCAUCUUCGUUUGCCAUGCUCCAAAAGUGUGCCACUCUCCAACUCCUGGCUUAUUGAGACAAUGCCAUGGCACACAGUCACCAUGGAAGACAGCAAGUCUCAUGUGGAAUGGUAUUUUCAUUGUAGUGGUUGAUAUCACUUUCAUGUACAGUAUUUUCAGCACAGGAUAGUUAGGAUAGUUCAUCUGGUCUGCCUUCAUGACAGUACUGAGAAGCCUGGAAGGAAAAUUAAUGUUACACCUCAGUCAUUAAAAAGAAAAAGCGUGUUAAUUUGUCUUUGCUCCUUCAGGUCAGCAUCUGUUUGGAGUGCAACAGCAGCAAGCUCCGCGGCCUGAAGCGCAAGUGGAUCCGCUGCUCGGCGCAAGCCACGGUCCUUCACCUCAAGAAGUUCAUCGCCAAAAAGCUUAACCUGACAUCAUUUAAUGAGGUAUGGCUAACCCACUUCAGGGCAAGGGGGGAUUUUGCUGCAGUCAGGCGAAUUUGAGCUUGUCCAGUGAUAAAGGACCUCUUUUUAAGGAGGCCCCAAGAUGUAGUUUUGACUAGCUGUCUCUUUAAGCCCUUCCUCUGCGCUUUAAACUUAAAGAUGAUCACUUUUAACAAGGCAUUCUUGGUCCUUUCAAGGCGGUGCAUCUGUAUGCCUCAUCACAUACACUAUCAAAGCCUCUCUCUCCACUGUCAUUAUUCUUCACAAAGCUUUUGCCAUCCACCAUAUAUUCUGUGGAAAAUAUGCCCUUGUAAUAUAAUUUGCUUUCUGUCAUGUCAUUUUGAGUCGCCUGUCACAACUGUAUGCGGGAGUGUGACAUAACUUUUAGGCUGGAGUGUGUGUGUGUGUGUGUGUGUGUGUGUGUGUGUGUGUGUGUGUGCGUGUGGGAUGUCUUCAAAGCGUACGUUUUCUUCACCAACGUCCGUGACGCAAUACAGCUGUCAGCUGCUCUAUUGUUGUCUAUUGAAUAUCAAGAGCUGUUCUUCAUUCAAAAUCUAUUUUCAACAUCAAACAUACGGGAAGUGUACGUCAACAGCCCCCGCUGUGUCAUAGCACAGCGCGUCACUUUCCCUUGGGUUAUAUUUAUAUCUAUAGGAUAAUUGGGGCAUCCAUCUUGAUAUUUCAGCAGACCACAUGAGCUGAAUGCGUUGCAUCACCCACACCAUGUGUAUCAUCAUUUUUUAUGAGUUUUAAAACUUGUUGCCAUCACCCCAGCCCCCAAACACAUGUACACAUGGGGAGAGGGAAAACUACAUCUUUGGAUAUUGUGUCCAUUUUUCAUGUUAUUAAUGACAAUAUAAAAACUGAAUCAAUACUCUAAUACAUGUUGUCUAUUAUUGCUGUAACUCUUGCUGUGGCAAGACGGUUUAGCUCUGUUACCAAGGUAAAAAACAUCAAGGCAAAAGCAAUGUUUCUCAGUUAGAAGGAACAGCCAGCUACCAGUAGGUGCUGCUGUGGCAGUGCUGCUUCACACUGGCUUCCUCUCCUCCUCUCUCCCCUUUCCCCCUCAGCCCCUCAGUGUCUGUGUUGGGGAGAGUAUUGAUUGGCCGAAUGCAGGUGCGGGCAGCCGCCUCACAGAAUAUCAAUGUUUAAUCCACGGAGGAGGAGUGGAUUGGCGAGGAAGUCUUUGAUUCAUAUUGGCUACAAAUAAGGUUUUUGUGCUUUUCCAAAAGCCCCCCAUGCGCAAGGUGCUAAUGGCUCACCGUCAAAUAUACUUUGCUAUCUUUGUUUCCUCUCCAAGAAAUUGAGAUAUUUUGAUGCUGAGUGAAAGUGAGAGGAAAAGGAGAGCUGGGGUGUUUGGAGGGUUCGUUUUAGAGUUGCACGGCAACGUUGACCUCAAGCCUGAAACAGAAGGACAAUUUAUAAAAUGUUAUCAAAGAAGUGCAUGUUUCUGACCGUGUGGAUGUUACAGCACAUGCAUUACCCACCCCUAAGGUUAAAGGUAUUUAUUCUCUGUAUGCAGUGCAGCGGAUUUCCCUUCCAGUGAAAUGUUAAUAAAUGCAGCAUUCUUAUAUCUCCCAAGCGGAUUUCCCUUCCAGUGAAAUGUUAAUAAAUGCAGCAUUCUUAUAUCUCCCAUUCACAGCUGGACAUUUUAUGCAAUGAGGAAAUCUUGGGAAAGGACCACACUUUGAAAUUUGUUGUCGUGACGAGAUGGAGAUUUAAGGUAAUACUUAUAAAAGAGAAUGGGGAAGGAUAAGUACACUGACUAAUACUAAAAUAUUGCUUUUCAGGUUCUGUUGAAUCUAUGUAUUCUGCAUAGAUCAUCCACAGAGUUGCAUGCUGAUAAGCUGUGCACACACAAGUCUCGGUGGAGAGAACAGCUUGCUCUCCAGAACUAUUUUGAGACCUUUUCUCUCAUGAUGUGCUAUAGUGACAUAAAACCCCAAGAUAAAUGGAAGUGAAUGUUACGAUCAGAGCUUGUCAUUUUAAAUCCCGAUGUUAUAUACUAGAGUCUAUGAUAAGGAUAUAAUCAAAGUAGUAGCCUAUCCAUCUCUGUCUCUGUGUUUAGAAGGACAUUUUUCCGGCUGUAUUGUUUUCAGUCAGUUAGUCUUUAUUUGUAAUUUGUUUUGUUUACAUUCCAGAAAUCCCCCCUCCUGCUGCAUUACAGACCCAAAAUGGAUUUGCUGUAGUCGGACAGAACGGUUGUUUUGGCCCAGUGGCCCAGAACUGUGCAACGUACUAUUUAUGCAGAGACGAUCAAUCCCAACACCAAGCAAACACUCCAGAUCAGAAGUCCACACAAGCCAGCAAACAAAGAACCCCAGCACAGAUACUGCACCACUGGCGGGUUUAGAUCAAAAACAACCUUUUUUGUCCACUAUACGUCCUAGAUAUGUGAAAAAUUUGAGAAAAAAGCAUAUAUUUAUACUUUUGUACAGAUGAGACAUGGAACCAAGACACUAUUGGUGCUCUCUUUACACAUGAACAAGAUGUCGGGGAAUCGUGUGCCCAUCUUUUUUGUUUUUUCGACAGACUUCACUCCUCCGACCCGCAUUGAUUGAUAAAAAGGCGAGGACGAGGAUUUUUAACAGUUCAUUUUCUUUUUCAGGUUACACUCAGACGAGUCUUGGGAGCACAGAAA